GUCUCCUCUUUGCUAUGGAUGGACAAGUGAUGUACGCUGAAUUAAAUGUAUCCAGGAAAUCGGGCCUUAAAAGUUCAUCACCCCCAUCUGUUCCUCAGGGUGUCUGUCAGUGUCCAUCCUGGCAUCAACUUGCUCUGAAAGUUGGCUGUGCUGGGCUUAUUCUUCUCUCCUUGGCUGUGAUUGGGUUGAGUGUUUCAGUGAUAUCCUUGAAACUGACAUCAUCAUCAACAAACAAUUGUACUGGGGAUGUUCAAGAUGUUCAAAAGAACAGAAAUGAAACUACAGAAAGGCCAAGUCUGUUGAAGUGCCCCAAAGAUUGGAUUCUGCUCAGAGAGAAAUGCUUGGUUUUUAUUUCUAGUUCUCCCCAACAUUGGACUCACAGUUUAGCUGACUGCUUAACAAAAGAAGCCAGUUUGGUGCUUAUUCAAGAUCAGGAAGAAUUGACACUCAUACAACACCAGCUACCUGAUAAAGGACUUAAUUUUUGGAUUGGAUUGAAUUUUACAUUAUCAGAGAAGAAAUGGAAGUGGGUAAAUGGCUCAUUUUUAAAUUCUAAUAUAUUGCAGAUUAAUGGUGAAGAGAAAGAAAACAACUGCGCUUACAUCUCACAUAAAAAAAUAGCAUUUGAGAACUGUGAGGCGGAAAAUAAGUGGAUUUGCCAAAAGAACUUAAAACAUCAGAAAUAAAGCCUGUUCUGUGUUGA